AUGGACAUCGUCCUCGAGAUUGUCGAUACGCUAUUGCUAGACCGCGUCUAUUCGUCCUUAAUACCCGCGAGUCCAUCCUCAUACCUUCCGUACCACUCCCACAAUGGAAGCACAUCAACGUUCUCUAGCAUGCGAGAGGGCGCGACCGCGACCCCCCAGUACACCUACGUUUAUGAACCCGCGUCCAAGUAUAUCAGUAUGCAGCCUACCGAGUGGACCUACAGCAGCGCCUGGCCCAGAGACAACCUGUACAGACAGUUUAUCAGUCUGUUCUUCAUAGUCUGGAUUUUCGGGAUUCUUCUGUAUUUCGCUUUCGCCACGCUUUCCUACAUCUUCAUUUUCGACAAAGAGACAUUCAAGCAUCCGAAAUUCCUGAAGAACCAGGUACGCUUGGAGAUCAUGCAGACGCAGAGGGCAAUGCCUGUCAUGGCCCUCUUGACCGCUCUGUGCAUGCUGGCCGAAGUGCGAGGCUAUUCCAAGCUCUACGACACCGCCGCCGAUGCUCCUUUCCCAUUAUACAACAUCCUCCAGUUUCCGCUCUUCGUUCUCUUCACCGACUUCGGCAUAUACUGGAUCCACCGCGGUCUACAUCACCCGCUCGUCUACAAGAGCCUCCACAAACCACAUCACAAAUGGAUCAUGCCGAGCCCGUACGCUUCUCACGCCUUCCACCCGAUCGACGGCUUUGCCCAGUCCAUCCCCUACCACCUCUACCCGUUCCUGUUUCCCCUGCAGAAAUACGCCUACGUCCUGCUCUUCGGCUUCAUCAACAUCUGGACCAUCAUGAUCCAUGACGGAGAGUACUACGCGAGGUCCCCCAUAAUCAACGGGGCUGCCUGCCACAGUGUCCACCACUCGCUGUUCAACUACAACUACGGUCAGUUUACGACGCUGUGGGACCGCUUGGGCGGAAGUUAUCGCAAGCCUGCCGAUGAGCUGUUCCACAAGGAGACAAAGCUCGGCAAGCUGGAGUAG